AUGGGCACUUGUUGUAGUUGUUUGUCUGGCCGUGGUGGCGAUGGCAGUCACAACCAGUUGCUUCUAGCAGAAAACGAACGAGAGGCAAUAUCGGCGUUGCUACAAUACCUAGAAAACAGGUCUGAUGUCGACUUUUUCAGUAAUGGACCCUUGAGGGCUUUAAGCACCUUGGUUUAUUCCGAAAAUAUCGAUUUGCAAAGAAGCGCAGCUUUGGCGUUUGCCGAAAUCACUGAGAAAGAUGUAAGAGAGGUCAAUAGAGACGUGUUGGAGCCUAUCUUGAUUCUAUUACAAUCAAGCGAUUUUGAAGUGCAAAGAGCUGCAUGUGGAGCAUUGGGGAAUUUGGCAGUUAACACAGAAAAUAAAAUUUUGAUUGUUGAAAUGGGCGGACUAGAACCGUUGAUUAGGCAAAUGAUGUCCACCAAUAUUGAAGUUCAGUGUAAUGCUGUAGGUUGUAUAACUAAUUUGGCUACUCAAGAUGACAACAAAUCAAAGAUUGCAAAGAGUGGCGCAUUGAUUCCAUUGACUAAAUUAGCAAAACUGAAAGAUAUCAGGGUGCAAAGAAACGCUACAGGUGCUUUAUUAAAUAUGACACAUCUGGGCGAAAACAGACAGGAGUUGGUCAAUGCCGGCGCCGUGCCAGUGCUAGUAUCCUUACUUUCAAAUGAUGACGCAGAUGUCCAGUAUUACUGUACAACAGCAUUAUCCAAUAUAGCUGUUGACGAAUCCAACAGGAAAAAAUUGGCCAAUACAGAACCAAAAUUGGUGAGUCAAUUGGUUAGUUUGAUGGAUAGUCCGUCUCCAAGAGUUCAAUGUCAAGCAACUUUAGCUUUGAGAAACCUAGCUUCAGAUUCUGGCUAUCAAGUUGAAAUUGUAAGAGCAGGAGGAUUACCAAACUUGGUCCAUUUACUUACAUGUACCCAUCAACCAUUGAUUCUUGCUGCUGUUGCUUGUAUAAGGAACAUUUCAAUCCAUCCAUUAAAUGAGGCAUUAAUCAUUGAAGCCGGCUUUUUGAAACCAUUAGUUAGAUUAUUGGACUACACAGAAUCCGAGGAAAUCCAGUGUCACGCAGUAUCAACAUUGCGUAAUUUGGCAGCAUCAAGCGAGAAAAAUAGAACUGCUUUAUUAGCUGCGGGUGCCGUGGAUAAAUGUAAAGAUCUUGUUUUGAAAGUACCACUUUCAGUGCAACUGGAAAUCUCAGCAUGUUUUGCUAUUUUGGCCCUUGCAGAUGACUUGAAACCCAAGCUAUAUGAAGCUCAUAUCAUUGAUGUACUUAUUCCCUUGACAUUUUCCGAAAAUGGUGAGGUUUGUGGAAACUCAGCAGCAGCAUUGGCAAAUUUGUGUUCAAGAGUAUCACCUGAGCACAAACAAUAUAUUUUAGGCAACUGGUCAUCACCAGAUGAGGGAAUUCAUGGUUUCUUGAUUAGAUUUUUGGAGUCAGGAAGUGCAACUUUCGAACAUAUCGCUUUGUGGACCAUUUUACAAUUACUAGAAUCAAAUAGUUCCGAGUUCAAUCAAUUGAUUUCAGAGGAUGAGUUAAUAUUAACAGGAAUUAAAAAGAUGAGUAGCUCUCAACAACAAUUGACUCAAGCUGGAACCGAUAACCAAGAGAGUAACGGUGAGGGAGAUGAUCAAUACGAGGAUCCAAAAGUCGAAUUGUAUAAUUUGACUCAACAAAUUUUACAAAUCUUGGGUUAA